GCUGUAAUCUCAAGGCAGAGAGGCACAGAGUUUCUCUGCUCUGGCUCACAUCCCCCUCACCAGUUGCUGUUGCUGCCAUCCCAGCUGUGUUUUUGCCAUAGUUACAUUUGCCUGGCUGCUUCAAGCAACACAUGCUUCCCAGCACAGUGGCUGUGCCAGGCACCAUGGAGUUGCAGCCAGAAAUCAUCUGUCCCAUGUGCCUGCAACACGUGUCCAGGCUCCUGGAGGUUUUCCUCUUGGCAUGACCUGCUCAGAUGAUGCCUCAAACACCAGUGAGUUACUACAGCAUCCUGUGACUUUGCAGAUCUGCAGGUGGGAGGAUGGGCUGCAGUUUUAGAGGGGAAAAGGACAGAGGUGAAUUCCUGCUUAACACCAGGCAUGCCCCAAAAUGAUGAGGCAGAAUAACACCACAGCAUCACUGAGCACAGCAUUUGUAUGGAAAACCAGGGAGGAGACGGAGAUGUAGAUGAUGAGGAGAAAGGACAUUGCCAUCCUAAACCCUCUGGUAACCUGCUGCAGCUGGGCAGCGAGUGCCAACCUGCUUUAGCAUGGGGUUGGACUGGGUGAUCUCCAGAUCUCCUUUCCAACCCUGACCAUUCUAUGACUCUGUGAAACAGCUGAAUGUGGCCCUGUCCUGUGGGUACCAGGAGCCUAUGCCCACAUCAGCAGGGCACUGCUGCUGUAACACCAGUGCUCCCAGCAUGGUGCUGAACUGGGGUGGAGCACCAGACUGGUGUGCCCAAGCACUUCAAAAACUUAGAUCAAGCACUGUCCACACUGUGGAUGUGCACAGACUUUCUCAGCAGCUGUACAGGCAAGAGCAACCUUACAGCCCUCUCACCUUUACUCUUCCUUUUCUUCCCUUAAAUCCACAGCAAGGAUCACAGCUCUAAUCUUGGUUUUAAGGCACAGAAAAGACAUGAAUAAGAGCUUUGUGUAGCUCCAGUCACUUAUCUGUAGCUGAAUAUUUGCUAACCAAGAAGGCUUAAACUUGAUUAUUCAAGUGAAAAACCCCAGAGCCAUCAGGAAAGAGGCUGCUCUUACAUUAGAGGUGAGACAGGAGCUAAAAGUGUGUGUUCAGUCAUUAGUCCUGAUGCAUCUUUCCUGUCUGUCCAUGAGCAAGACAAUUCUGUGGCUUUUUCUAAGUAAUGAGAGAAAGACAUAACUCCCCUUUACAGCUCAAGGGAGCUGAGGUGCCUCAUGCUCCUCCCAAAGUCUCCCAUCCAGAUAUCCUCAUGCUCCUGCACCCAAAGGCAGCUUGAGGAGAGCCUUUCUCCCUGGCCCAGGGCCGAGAUGGCUUUGUGCUGCCACCCUCCUGGCACAGUUCAUCUCUCCUGGGGAAGAUGCUCUGGCAAUGAGAAAGAUGCUCUGGCAAUGUGCUGUGUGUGAUGAAUGUAGGCAGCAAGGGCAGGUAACAACUUGAGCUCUGGAAAAAUGCCUGAGCUGGGAUAGCAGGGAUGAAGUAGGGAGGAAGGGAGAGUAUGAGGAGUGGAAGUGGCAGCGCUGGCCUUGCCCUGGGCUGGCCAUGAGCAGGGGGAUUUAAGGUCACUCCCUUCCAGAGCCAUUGAGGUGGGGAAUUGCAGGGAGGGCAGCUUUCUGGGAUCCUCUGGGAGACUGACCUCGGCAUAGGGGACCUGUGGGUUGUCAUGGACCUCUGGUGCUUGUAGCACCAGACCCUGGGGUUUGCUGGUGUGCAGUGUCUGACACUGGUUUAACCAUUUCUCUUUAUCUUUCUGUUUUGCUGGCUCAGUCCUUCCCCUCCAGUUUCCGGCCUCUCCCUGGCUUUUAAUCUCCUUUCAGUUUUCAGGUCUCAUCAGGAUCUUCCAUUACCAGAUGCUUUCCCAGGCUUUGGAUUUCUUUGAUGUGCGUCCGUUCCCUUCCUUUCUCUCACCCUACACCCAACAGGGAAUUUGUGCUGAAGAAGUGCAACUUCAGCCAGCACAUGAGGCCAGACACUGUCCUUAUAUAUUGCACCUGUGAACCGGCAGUGUCAUUAGGGGGAAGUGGAAACAUUACACCCUUCUGCUCUGUCGUAUUGCCCCAGGAAGCGAAAACCGUCCUGCCACUGGGAUGCUGCCUGACUUUGCUGGGGGCUGGCAUCCCCUGCUUAAACCACUUGGGCAGAGCCUGCUGCUGCAAUGCUGGAAGUGCGGGGAGGUUUGGAAGCCUUCGGGCAGCAGGAUGGAGCUGACAACUCUUGCUGUGUGCUACAGCGUCUGUCCUGUCCCUCGCUCUCCCACCCGCGCUCUCACCCGCCGGCGGUUACUCAGCAGGCUCCACACGUCGGUGGAAACGAGCCUGUUUUUUCCUGUUCUCGAGGAAGCAGCUACGACUGUGAUGCUCAAGGACAAGCCUGGGCCUCCCACUCCCCCCUCCCUUACCAGCACACACUGACUUACCUAAGCUCUUACUUCACGGGCGCUGCCUGAGCAGCUUUUGGUUGGCUGGAGGCUAGAGCGAUGCUGGGUCCCCCUCCCCGCUCUCCCGCCUCCCACCCGAUAUAAAGUGCGGCUCCGCGCCGCUGUUCCAGCCGCCAGCACACGACCGCGGGGCAGGUGGUGCUGCAGCCGCCUGUCGCACCCUCCUGCCAUGCCCGUAAGGACCCGAUGAGUUGCUGGCUGCCUGGGUGCCCAGCUCUCAGCAUGUGCCGGGGCUUAGCCGCGCUCCCCAUCACUUGCCUGGAAAGAGCCAAAGAUCUGAAGACCCGCUUAGGGAUCCUGCUUCAUAAAACCGAGCUAGGACACAAGAUUGGGAGCUCCAGCAAGCUGCAGCUGAGCUCCAGGCAGAGAGACUCUUCCCGCGAGGUGCUGGAAUGGAGGGAGUCCUUUGACCAGCUCCUCAAAAGCAAAAGUGGGGUAAAUGCCUUCCACACCUUCCUGAAGACUGAAUUCAGCGAGGAGAAUCUUGACUUCUGGCUAGCAUGCGAAGACUUCAAAAAGACCCGGUCGAAAACCAAGCUGGCCUCCAAAGCCAACAAGAUCUUUGAGGAGUUUGUCCAAAGUGAGGCGCCCAGGGAGGUGAAUAUCGACCAUGAAACCAGGGAGAUCACCCGCAAGAACCUCUCGGGGGCUACCUCCACCUGCUUCAACGAGGCCCAGGCCAAGACCCGCACACUGAUGGAGAAGGACUCCUACCCCCGCUUUCUGAAAUCUGCCUCCUACCAGGACAUGACCAAACAGGCCACCAGCCACAGCACCAGCAAGCAGUCGCACACCUGACCUGAGCCAUGGUGGGGGGACAAGCCGGGGGGCCAGGCACAGGUUGGGAUGUGGUUUGCAAGGGCCAAGGUCACUUGGCAGGGUUUCGGCUGAAGUUCUGGAAUUUUAGCAGGAUCCCCAGGACCUCAAGUGCUUCCCGCUCCACACGGAGCCACUGGGCCCAGCAUUCCUCCCUCCCCACAGGAGCGGAGCAGGUGGGAGCCCAGAGCCUCCCCUUGCAGUUCAACCAGAGACCUGCACCACCGCAGAGACAGAAAGAAAUCUGAUUUGGGCUGCAAGUCCAGGAAAAAGAGAUGGGAUUCCCUAAGCAUCCACAACCAAAGAGCUCCCACCUGCUCUAUGAUCUGCAACAUCAGCCACUGGCCUGUGGGGCCAGCACAGGAGCCUGCCAUUCCCACACACAGGGAAUGGCCAGGAUAAAAGCCCCAAGACUACAUGGCAUUUUCAGCUGGAGGGAUCCAGCACCUGCCUUCUCCUGAUCCCAAGAUCCUCCAGCUGUGUCCUACGCAUGCUCUGCAUCAAAGCUUUCCACCUCCUUCCAGUGCAGUGAUGUUUUUAUCCCUCACUUGUGCUCCACAACCUUCAGAUUGCACCCAAUCUUAGGUCACGUGCACAACAUUCUAUUCCUAUUAUUGUUAUUUAUCAUUGUUGUUAUUAUUAUUAUAUCUAUAUUUAUUAGAAGAGCACUGCUGAAAGCACACAUGUAUGUCCUUUGCCCUGAGGAGUUUGUAAAUGAAAUUAUUUUAGUUGUUGUACCACUUAGCAUGCCUCCCACCUUUUCCAUGUAAUAAUUUGAGAGGACCAGACAGAUUUGUAGCACAAUUGUGGAGCAAAGUAUGCCAGUAGCAGCAGAGAGAGCUGCUAAAGGGUUUGGAGGACCAUGGAUGGCAAUACAAGGAUGCUUUGCAGCCCAUCUUAUUUCCUUUCUCCCCUUAGGGAUGUGGAAGGCAUCUUGGCACACAGCAGCUUGUCCUAGGCAGGGAAUGGAGAAGUCAAACGGGCACUUUGGUGAGCGAUCCUAUGGAAAACUUGAUUUUCACACAUCGGAGAGAAAACCUGGGGUUUUGCCUGGGUUUAUAAUUGGGCUUGGUGUUCCCUUGGAUGGUGAAACCAGUCUGCAGCCACCGCAUUUUACCAGAAACCUGUGCAGUGAGUGAAAUCAGUGCUAUGAAUUCAGCGACUUGGAAGGGUGGCCGGACACAUCAUCAGCUCAGACCUGGGGGCAGCUCUUCAAAAAGUUCCUCUCAGCAGGAAUUUUGGGAUCCUGGAAAGGUGUGGCUCCUGCUUGGCAACAAUGGUGCCAGCAGCUGCAUGGGUGGGUGAUGUGGAGCCUGUGUUGGGUCCUGAGGAAAGUGCCACCAGUACUGCUCCCUGCUGAGGGCUGCUUCCCAGGGCUCUGUUUAUCCCUAAAGACCAAACCUGGAGGUUCUUAUCCCACUGGUACUCACUCCUUGCCAAGGGAACUCUCUUCUGCCCCCCUGUCCCAGCAACAGCCAGAGCACAGCAUCAUUUGGGCUUUUCACAGCUGCUUGAGCAGAGCAAGGAACCAAGGACCAGUUUGGGGAUGUUAUUCCAAGUCGUCUUUCACCAUCCCCAUCCUGGUUCCACCUCUGAGCCUCUGCCAGUGGUCCUGGCUGUGUUUACAGGGAGAUAUCAGCUGCUUUCUUAUUUAUUAUUUAUUGUAACAACUGGAACCACCUUUGCUGUGUUACUGAAGUGAGCAACGCACAAUGGUCUGUUCUCAUUACUGACACAAUGUUAUCAUUAUAAAAUAAAAUGUAAAGAGGAAAAUACCCUGA